CCUCCUAGACAAAGCAGUUCUGUUUUUCUUAGAUAGGAAAAAGAAAAAUACUAGAAGUGAUGGGUAGCAUAGUGAAGAACUGGAGAGAACUAAGUGGGGAGAACAACUGGGAACGGUUGUUGAAUCCUCUCGACAGUGAUCUCUGCCGGUUUAUUGUUCAUUGCGGCGAGAGAACACAGGCUAUAGAAGACAGCGUGCAUGAGUGGGUUCAAGAAGAGGUUAAGAGGCUGGUGAAGCACAGCUAUUAUAAGGAAAAUGGACAGGUCAGCAUAACCGUGACCGGCCAUAGCGUGGGUGCGGCAUUGGCUACACUGAACGCGGUGGACUUGGUCGUCAAUCAAUAUAACAAACCGUCGAAUGGAUCAGACAAUAGCGGCUGCAUGGUUUCAGCUAUUGUUUCUGGCUGCCCUCGAAUUGGAAACGACGGCUUCUCCCAAUUCCUCUCAAGACUCAAAGGUAUUCAUAUUUUACGCAUCACCAACGCCGAUGAUCCUGUCCCUAACCUGCCAAAGUGGCUGCAAAUUCGGUUCACAUACACCCAUGUGGGCAAGGAGUUGAAAAUCAACGGAGUCGCCAACACACCGGACGGCGAGGGAGAAACACUGGAGCGUGAGUACAAGCUAUUGAACAAAUUCGAAGAUAUCAUAAAGGAGGAAUAUCAUGUGCAACCCGCAUGGUGGGUGGAGAUGAACAAGGAUAUGGUUCAGCUGGAUGAUGGGUCCUGGGGUUUGGAUUUAAAGUACUAUGCCCCAAUACAAGGUUCCGAUUGGACGUCGGUUUAGCUUAUUUAGACACGUUUGUGUCUUAUUCCAAUAAUCUUAAUUUACUGUUUGGGCUGGGGUUUCCCUGAUUUUUCUCUUUCUUCCUUUGUUUCUUGAUUGAAUAAGACGAGCUAGGUUGAUCGUUGGUGAUGCGACCUCUCAAUUUCGUACUUAUCCCAUGUAGUUUGUGAUUAGUACUAAAUACUUGUAAUGACACCUUUCAAGGAAAAAAUUGGAUAUAAGAUUGUAUUUACAUAAUCAUUGUGUGAAUUUCAUGUAAUAUAAGAUUGUGUUUACA